GUGCACGUGGGGUCGCGGAAACCGAAGCCAGGGAGAGGCCCCGGCCCAUGGAUCCCGUCGCGCGCCCCGUAGCACCCCCGCCCCCCAACAGAGCCUCGGUUUCCCAGGCUAGAGAUCAACGGGAGCCUGGCUCCCCGGCCCCGGGCGGGUCGGGGGCCCCCUAGGGUGGGGCUCCAUAGGGUGGAGACUCACUGGCCGCCGCCCGCCCACGACCCCGCCGGUUAGAAGCGGGGCGGCGGGCGGGUGCUGCCCCUCCCGCGGCCGGCCGGGGUCCCCGGGGCGCUGCCCCCCGCGGCUGCGCGCUGGGCGAGAUGACAUCACCGGGGCGGGGAGGCGGGGAGGCGGCCAUGACGCAGGGUCCGGGCGCGCGCGCGCCCCCCGCGCCCCCCGCGCCCCCCGCGGCCCCCGCGGCCCCCGCGCCCCCUGAGCCCCCUGAGCCCCCUGAGCCCGAGGCGCCCCCUGAGCCCGAGGCGCCCACCACCUUUUGCGCGCUGCUGCCGCGGAUGCCUCAGUGGAAGUUCGCCGCCCCCGCCGGGCUGCUGGGACGCGGGCCGGGGCGUGCGGGAGGCGCGGGGGGCGCACACCCCCAGCCCGAGCCCGCGCGCCCGCCCGGGGUCCCCGCGCUGGCAGCCGCGGUGCUGGCCGCCUGUGAGCCUCGCUGCUCCGCGCCCUGCCCCCUGCCCGCGCUCGGCCGCUGCCGGGGGCCGCGGGGAGCUCGGGGGACGCCCCCGGACGCCGCGGACGAGUGGACCCGCAAGGGCAGCUUUAUCCACCGGCCGGCGCACGGCUGGCUGCACCCCGACGCCAGGGUCCUGGGGCCUGGGGUUUCAUACAUCGUGCGGUACAUGGGCUGCAUCGAGGUGCUCCGCUCAAUGCGCUCCCUGGACUUCAACACUCGCACCCAGGUCACCAGGGAGGCCAUCAACCGUCUUCACGAGGCCGUGCCUGGUGUGCGGGGCUCCUGGAAGAAGAAGGCCCCCAACAAGGCGCUGGCCUCCAUCCUGGGAAGGAGCAAUCUGCGUUUUGCUGGCAUGAGUAUUGCCAUCAGCAUCUCCAUUGAUGGGCUCAACCUCUCAGUGCCUGCCACCCGCCAGGUCAUUGCCAGCCACCACAUGCAGUCCAUCUCCUUUGCGUCCGGCGGAGACACGGACAUGACUGACUACGUGGCCUACGUGGCCAAGGACCCUGUGAAUCAUCGAGCCUGCCACAUCCUGGAGUGCUGUGAGGGCCUGGCCCAGAGCGUCAUCUCCACUGUGGGGCAGGCCUUCGAGCUACGUUUCAAGCAGUUCCUGCACAGCCCCCCUCAGACUCUUGUGCCCUCUGAGGGGCUGACGGAGCCCGAGGCUGCUGCCUGGGGGGGUGAAGACGCGGAGCACAACUACUACAACAGUGUCCGUGGCAAGGAGCCGCCCCCUGGCGGGCUGGUGGACUCACGGCUGGCCCUCACGCAGCCCUGUGCCCGGGGCCAGGGACCAUCUCCUGCUCGAAGGGAUACCCAUGGGCUUCAGUGGGACCUGGACCCCCCAGGGGACGGCUAUGUGCAGGCUGAUGCCCGAGGCCCCCAUGACUACGAGGACCACCUGUAUGUCAACACACAGGGCCUGGACACCCCUGAAACCCCGCGGCCUGAGGACAGCCCUAAGAAGGAUCUGUUCGACAUGCGUCCUUUCGAGGAUGCCCUCAAGCUGCACGAGCGCUCCCAGGUGGCUGCAGGCCCUGCUCUCAUAGAGGACCAGUGGCCCAGUCCCCCCACCCGCCGGGCACCCAUCGCCCCUACAGAGGAGCAGCUGCGGCAGGAGCCCUGGUACCAUGGCCAGAUGAGCCGGCGGGCGGCCGAGAAGCUGCUUCGGGUGGACGGGGACUUCCUGGUACGCGAUAGCGUCACCAACCCAGGCCAGUACGUGCUCACCGGCAUGCAGGCCGGCCAGCCCAAGCACCUGCUGCUGGUGGACCCGGAGGGCGUGGUGCGGACCAAGGAUGUGUUGUUCGACAGCAUCAGUCACCUGAUUGACUAUCACCUGCAGAACGGGCAGCCCAUCAUGGCUGCGGAGAGUGAGCUGCACCUGCGUGGCGUGGUCAAGAGGGAGCCCUGAGCCAGGACACGACGCUCAGCCCUGGCCCACGGGGGGCCUCUCCUGUGCCCAGGUCCCGGACUCUGCCUGAGGGUCGCCCGGGCUGCAGGGCCUGCUCAUACCAAAGACAAGCCUCUGCUGGGGCCUCUCUGCACAUUCAGUUGCCCAGAAACCCGGCGGGGCCUCCAGGAUGUGCCCCCGCCCUCCUGGCCCAACUCUGUUCUCCUGAGAAAUCAGUGCCUGUUGUCUUUGGUGGGGCUGAGCUGCCCUGGGGCCCCCAGGCCAUGGCUCAUACUGACUUGGAAGUAGGGGGGAGCUUGGGGCUGUGCUGAGAGAAGGGACCCCCCAUUUCCUGCCAGGCUGGGGGCUGUAGGAGGGGGCCCUCCAGGUGAGUGCCUGGGCUGGACGCCUGGACUGUGGCUAGCCCUGGGGUGGCCAGAGCAGUGGGGCCCUCGGGCUGGGAGGCUGAACUGGACAGCCCUGGUGGUAGCAGGCUUGCUCCCCUGGGGCUGGAGGAGGGUACUCCGGGGUGUUCUUGGGGGUUGCUGUGACCCGAGUCCCCAACCCGACCUCUGUUUGUAUCCUCCCGCAGAGACACCCCAAUCUCUCGGAGGCACCCACAUUGAGCUCCCAUGUGCAGCCCCUUGUCCCGGACCCCCAAUACACCUGCAAGUGCUUCAUGUUGGCUCCACA